AUGAUUAAUGGCAGCAAAAGGACCCGAACUAUACAAGAGAUGAACACAUCAGUGGCCGCAGCCUUUCAGAUUAAUGGCAGCAAAAGGACCCGAACUAUACAAGAGAUGAACACAUCAGUGGCCGCAGCCUUUCAGAGUACGUGUCAUUCACUAUGUGUUGCAUUGAUUGAUGUCAUGUCUGUGAUGUGUUGUCCGUCAGGUUUGGCCGAAUUGUCUCAUCGCGAAUAUCAGGCCGGAGACUACGAGUCGGCCGAAAGGCAUUGUAUGCAACUGUGGCGUCAGGACCCCACCAACACUGGCGUCCUUCUGCUCCUCAGUUCCAUCCAUUUCCAGUGCCGAAGACUCAAAGAAUCGGCACACUUUAGUUCACUGGCGAUCAAACAGAACUCACUGUUAGCCGAAGCCUAUUCUAAUUUGGGAAACGUUUACAAAGAGAAGAGUCAAUUACAAGACGCGCUCGACAACUAUAGACACGCCGUUCGCCUAAAGCCAGACUUCAUCGACGGUUAUAUCAAUUUGGCCGCAGCUCUGGUGGCGGCGGGCGAUAUGGAGCAGGCGGUACAGGCAUAUGUCUCGGCUCUGCAAUACAAUCCCGAUUUAUAUUGCGUUAGAAGUGAUUUGGGAAACCUAUUGAAAGCUCUGUCACGUCUCGACGAGGCGAAGGCAUGCUAUCUAAAAGCGAUAGAGACGUGUCCAACGUUUGCGGUCGCGUGGAGUAAUCUCGGCUGUGUUUUUAACGCUCAGGGAGAAAUAUGGCUCGCCAUUCAUCACUUUGAAAAGGCGGUGGCUUUAGAUCCUAACUUCUUGGACGCGUACAUCAAUUUGGGAAAUGUCUUAAAAGAGGCCCGAAUUUUUGAUAGAGCAGUGGCUGCUUAUCUCCGAGCACUCAACUUGAGCUCAAACAACGCUGUAGUUCACGGCAAUCUCGCCUGUGUUUACUACGAACAAGGAUUAAUUGAUUUGGCGAUCGAUACGUAUAAGAGAGCGAUUGAACUUCAGGCUAAUUUUCCGGACGCGUAUUGCAAUCUCGCAAAUGCUCUUAAAGAGAAGGGUCAGGUGAAAGAGGCCGAGGAGUGCUAUAACACCGCCCUUAGACUCUGUCCAACACACGCCGAUUCGCUCAACAACUUGGCCAACAUUAAACGAGAACAAGGCUAUAUAGAAGAGGCAACCCGUUUAUACCUGAAAGCAUUGGAUGUGUUCCCCGAGUUCGCGGCCGCGCACUCGAAUCUGGCGUCUGUUUUGCAACAACAGGGAAAACUGAAUGAAGCGCUCCUUCACUACAAAGAGGCGAUCCGAAUAUCGUCGACGUUCGCCGACGCGUACUCUAAUAUGGGGAAUACACUCAAAGAGAUGGGUGACAUUCCCGGCGCUCUCCAGUGUUACACCAGAGCUAUACAGAUCAACCCGGCCUUCGCUGACGCCCACUCCAACUUAGCCUCUAUUCAUAAGGAUUCCGGUAAUAUUCCCGAAGCGAUCGAUUCCUAUCGAACGGCACUCAAGUUAAAGCCCGACUUCCCGGACGCGUAUUGCAAUUUAGCGCAUUGUCUGCAAAUCAUCUGCGAUUGGACUGACUAUGACUCGCGUAUGAAAAAAUUGGUGACCACUGUCUCCGAACAGCUCGAGAAGAAUCGUUUACCAUCAGUACAUCCGCACCACUCUAUGUUAUAUCCAUUGUCUCACGACACGCGCCGAGCGAUUGCUGCCCGACACGCGGCUCUGUGUCUGGAGAAGGUUCAGGUCCUCCAUAAGUCUCCGUAUACUUUCAAGAGGACAGUGACUGAACGCUUACGUAUUGGUUAUUUGAGUUCGGAUUUCGGAAACCAUCCGACGUCUCAUUUGAUGCAAAGCGUUCCCGGAAUGCACUCCAGAGACAAAGUGGAGGUUUUCUGUUACGCGCUGUCGGCCGACGACGGCACCACAUUUAGAGCUAAAAUAAGCUCAGGAGCCGAUCACUUCGUCGACUUGUCGUCCGUCACAUGCAAUGGCAAAGCGGCCGAUCGUAUACACGCCGAUGGCAUUCAUAUUCUCAUUAAUAUGAACGGUUACACCAAAGGCGCCAGAAAUGAAAUAUUCGCUUUAAGACCGGCACCCAUUCAGGCCAUGUGGUUGGGAUACCCGGGAACGAGUGGCGCAUCCUUUAUGGACUAUAUAAUCACGGAUGCGGUGACGUCGCCCAUAGAGUUGGCCUAUCAGUAUUCAGAGAAGUUGGCGUAUAUGCCCGACACGUUCUUCGUUGGCGAUCACAAACAAAUGUUUCCACAUCUCAUCGAAAGAGUCAUUUUAAUGGACUCUAAUAAGUUGGCCAUUGCUUUGGCGUCGGAUUCUAAUGACACGCCUCCGGACACGAUUGCGAUCGUAAACGCGACCGAUUUGUCGCCGAUUAUGGAAAAGGCAGACUUGAAAACGGUUCGAGAAGUGGCUGUUGUGACCACAAUUGCCACUUCUUUAGCUACUAUUCAUCCCGUGAUCUCUACUGAAAAAGUGGAAGUCGUGAAGACUGUGGUUGAAUUGCCGACAACACAACCUGUGCAGGCGAUGAUUACCAACGGACACGUCCAGACAUCAGUCAAUGGCAUUGUAGUCCAGAACGGACUCGCGACCACUCAAAUGAAUAAUAAAGCGGCCACUGGAGAGGAAGCGCCCAAAGCAAUAGUUGUGACAACACGUCAACAGUACGGUCUUCCCGAAGACGCGAUAGUAUUUUGCAAUUUCAAUCAACUCUACAAAAUAGAUCCGCAAACUCUGAGGACUUGGGUUAAUAUUCUAAAAAGAGUGCCAAACAGUGUGUUAUGGCUGUUGAGGUUUCCAUCUGUGGGUGAGACCAACAUUAGUCUCUCGGCUGCCAGUUAUGGACUUCCAUCCGGACGUAUAGUGUUCUCAAAUGUGGCCGCAAAAGAGGAGCACGUGAGGAGAGGCCAACUCGUGGACGUUUGCUUGGAUACGCCUCUAUGUAAUGGACACACCACUGGUAUGGAUGUUCUUUGGGCGGGAACUCCGAUGGUUACACUGCCCAGCGAUACACUGGCCUCGAGAGUGGCCUCAUCUCAGUUGACGUGUUUAGGAGUUCCCGAACUCAUAGCCAAGUCAUACGACGACUACGAGAAUAUUGCUGUCAAAUUGGGAACAGACAAACAAUAUUUGAAAGCGAUUCGAGCGAAGGUUUGGGCCCAAAAAUCUGAAUCUCCACUUUUCAAUGUCAGGACCUAUACCUCAAACUUGGAGAGACUCUACCAUAAGAUGUGGCAACAGUUCUGCGAGAAGGAGACACUCGAUCACGUCAUCGAUUGGACUCCAUCUGAUCCAUUCGGUGAUCUUAUUAAACGACCAAAGUGUUUGCAUCUGAAGAGGAAUGCCAUUCCAUACGGGUGUCAAUUGAGACAACUGUCGGACACAACUGGCGAUCGGACGGGCGGUGAAGACGGGAUCGCCUCGUGGUUCACGUCUACAGAAUCGGAUCAAUUGGAGGAACGAGUGGUGAAACGGCCGGUGAGUUAUCUUCCGGACCAUUUGGGACAGACGAGGAAAUGGAUCAAACAGAAGCCGUGGUGGAGAUACAAGUACUUCAUUAAUGUCAACCCAUUGGACAACAAGAAGAGCGAAUGGACGCAAACGCCUGAAUACCCGCCAUUAGGCGACGCCUCCAAAGAUGGACAGAACAAAGACAUACGACUCGAAUGGUAUGACGCCAUCCGAAGACUGCCGUCCGCUCAGCAAAAGGAGUACGAGAUUUGCCGACAUUAUUAUCACUUGAGUUACAUCUUAGAGCCAGUGAUGCCUCAAUACAAUGCGCUGGCAUUGCAUCAGUUCAUCACCAGAACUCAUCUCAUCUCUGGUCACAUGCCUUCCUCUUACGACCAAAUGGACGUCAACUCCAUUCUCGACCCAAACCUAAAGCAAUCAAUUCUUGACUCAAUUUGUUUGCAUUUAUUUCAAACCAAUCAAAGAAAGCCGUCGUUUGAGUUCAAAACGGCUAACUUUUCAACGCUUGGAUUUCCUGAUCCCGAUCUUCGGGUAGAUUUAGCCAAACAGGAGGACACCAUUGAAGAUAUCAUUGGAAUUGUGCGAAGAGCUCUUCAGCCUAAAUAUCAACAUUUGUCUCAACUUCAGAUGGAUGUGAAUCCAUAUGUGGUGAGCAGUUGGUUUCACGGGGACUAUCCGACGCCUUUCAUCAAAAAGAAAUGGUUCCCAAACGACACACACGACCAACAAUUCACAUAUAAGUCGACUCAUUCUUUCAAUAUGAGAGCCGAGAAGCCGUUACCGCCUGCCAUUUCUCUCGAAGACGACAUCUGUUUGAAAUCAGAAAUUCCUGAAUACAAAUAUCGUUUACUAAAUUUCGGAUAUCCUCUGCGGCGCCAAUCAUUGUCUACAUUACCGGGCUUUUGGAGCGACCGCUCAAAUGGAUCUUUUGAUGACGACCAACAAGUGUUGGACGGAAUGGCCAUCUCAUCAUCGUUUGCAUGGCUCCACAGUUUGGCCUCAAAUCUCGGAUUUUCUAUUUUUCAUGAAUUAACGUAUCCUUUGGUCACUCACGCCAUUAUAACCGACGGCCAGUUUUGGUCAUUCUAUGUCUAUCAACUCAAUACACACUGUUUUCAUAGCGAUAUCGAUAAUAAUGUGUUGCGUAAUGUCUGUUGGAGUUCCGGUGAGCUUAAGCUCUUUGACAGCUAUGAAAAUGGACAGCUUAUCGGUGUUAACGAUGAAGUCCUCAAACUAUUGAUCAAAUUUAUGGCUCGUGAGCCACAAGUGAGCGAUAACUGUGUUCUUCGGCCGUAUUUGAGUGAAGACCAGAGGGAGGAAAGGGAUAAAGAAGAACUGAGUUAUUCAUUGAGGAGAAAGUAUGGCAAUUAUCGCAAUCCAUGGUUUAUGGCUCGUGAGCCACAAGUGAGCGAUAACUGUGUUCUUCGGCCGUAUUUGAGUGAAGACCAGAGGGAGGAAAGGGAUAAAGAAGAACUGAGUUAUUCAUUGAGGAGAAAGUAUGGCAAUUAUCGCAAUCCAUGGGUACAGACGCGUCAAAGAGUGCACUUAUGGGAGAAGAUAUAUAAGUACCACAAAGAUGCCACUCCUAUACCUCACAUCAGAACCCGACCCAAAAUCACGUUCAAAUAUCCGCCUGAAUCGAAGAUCCAUUUCCUGCUCUGUCUUAGCACCGGAUACGUCGCUAUGAGUGCCCAAAACGAGACACGGCUUACCUUUCAAUCGGAUGUUCGACAGAACAGUUUUGAGCGUUUCUUUGGCGAGUCUCAGCUCAUCCUCUUUGGCCGACGAGUUGACCACAAAAAGGAUAGCAUUCUUUCCCAAAAAUUCUGUACUCUUCCGGAACCGCCCAACUCUUUAAUGCUGACGACUGUGCCUUUGAUCGGAAGGGUCUUUAUGUUGAAGCCAUUGGUGGGCUCGAUGUUAGCCGUCGUCUCUCCCACCAGAUGUGCCAAUAGAGAAUAA